AUGUCAUACGCCUACCUGUUCAAGUAUAUCAUCAUCGGAGACACUGGAGUCGGAAAGUCUUGCCUUUUAUUACAGUUUACCGACAAGAGAUUUCAACCUGUCCAUGACUUGACCAUUGGUAUGUUCUUUUAAAUUUUGUGUUGUAUUUAGGUUGAGAAAUUCAUUGCAAGUGUGAAUCAACUCGUCUUUCAAGAAAUGUUUGAUUAAAUAAGUUCUUAUACCACAAAUUAAAUUAUCCAUGUUACAGGUGUGGAAUUUGGUGCCCGUAUGAUCACUAUUGAUGGUAAACAAAUAAAACUCCAAAUAUGGGACACUGCUGGCCAGGAGUCUUUCCGUUCCAUCACCAGGUCUUACUAUAGAGGAGCUGCGGGUGCCCUACUUGUCUAUGAUAUCACUCGGUAAGAUGAUCAAAAAUAAUUGUAUUUGAAUCCGGUCCUCAAUUACUCUUUGUCUUUUUUAGUCGUGACACCUUCAACCAUUUGACCUCGUGGCUGGAAGACGCCCGUCAGCAUUCUAACUCCAACAUGGUGAUCAUGUUGAUUGGAAAUAAGUCGGAUCUGGAGGCCCGGCGUGAAGUCAAGAAGGAAGAGGGUGAAGCCUUCGCACGCGAGCAUGGCAUGGUAUUCAUGGAGGCGUCGGCCAAGACUGCCGCCAACGUCGAGGAAGCCUUCAUCGAAACCGCCAAGGAGAUUUACCGCAAGAUCCAAGAAGGCGUGUUUGAUAUCAACAAUGAGGUAAGUGGGAGUGUUUUUGGGUUUUAUGUUGAGUUUUAGGCUAAUGGAAUCAAGUUGGGACCACAACAUUCACCCAGCUCACCAAACUCGCCAAGCGGCGGAUCUUCAUUGGGAGGCACCGGAGGCUGUUGUUAA